AUGGCAAUGGCUGCGAACAUCCUGCCGACCCCAGCGGCCGCCUUCUGUCUGAAUGUGAAUGCUCAGGCGAUGCCGAGCGCGCUGCAGGGCCUCAAGCUCGGCGCCAAGAACCCGAUCUCGAUGGCGUACAAGGACUCGAAGCUCUGCCUGGCGAUGCUCUCGCACACGCUGCACCAAAACUACCACAAGCAGACCGGCAUCGCCUUCUCCACCGUCUACCCGGGCGGGGACUAG